CGCCCCCGGAAACGCCACUUCCGGGCUAGAGUGCUGAGCCUCUGCUAGGACGUCAGCGCCACUGUCAGAGCCACGUAGCAGACAUGGUGAUUUCAGAGACUAUGGAUAUACUCUUCAGAAUAAGAGGAGGCCUUGAUCUAGCUUUUCAGCUAGCUACUGCUAAUGAAAUAUUUAUCAAGAAAGCAAUAAGACAUGUGCUGAGUGACCUGUCAACCAAGCUUUCUUCAAAUGCCCUUGUGUUCAGAAUUUGCCACAGUUCAGUAUAUAUAUGGCCUAAUAGUGACGUAAACACCAUUCCAGGAGAACUGAGUGAUAGCUCUGCUUGUAAGAACAUAAUGCGCUUUAUUCACUUUGAACAGGAAGAAGAUAUAAAACGAAAAUUUAUGAGAAAGAAAGACAAGAAGUUAUUAGACAUGCAUCGAAUAGUAAACAUAGAUCUUAUGCUGGAAAUGUCAACCUCUGUGGGAGCUGUCACCCCCAUCAUUGAAAGAGAAAGCGGAGGACACCACUACGUUAGUAUGACUUUACCUGUUGAUGUAGUUCUGUCUGUUGCUCCAGAAGAAACAUGGGGGAAAGUUCGUAAACUUCUAGUUGAUGCAAUUCAUAAUCAACUAACUGACAUGGAGAAAUGUAUUUUGAAGUAUAUGAAAGGAACAUCUAUUGUGGUCCCUGAACCACUGCACUUUUUAUUGCCAGAGGAAAAAAAUCUUGUAACAAUUUCAUAUCCAUCAGGAAUUCCAGAUGGUCAGUUGCAGGCCUAUAGAAAGGAAUUACAUGACCUCUUCAAUCUGCCUCAUGACAGACCGUAUUUCAGAAGAUCUAAUGCUUAUCACUUUCCAGAUGAGCCAUACAAAGAUGGUUACAUUAGAAAUCCACAUACUUAUCUCAAUCCACCUAACGUAGAGACUGGUAUGAUUCGUGUGGUCCAGGGCACCUAUGGUUAUCAUCACUAUAUGCAGGAUCGGGUGGAUGACAAUGGCUGGGGCUGUGCUUACCGAUCUCUGCAGACGAUCUGCUCUUGGUUCAAACACCAGGGCUACACAGAGAGAUCCAUUCCAACACACAGGGAGAUUCAGCAGGCUCUAGUUGAUGCCGGGGACAAACCAGCAACGUUUGUUGGAUCACGGCAGUGGAUUGGAUCGAUCGAGGUACAGCUCGUACUGAACCAACUGAUUGGUGUAACUUCAAAAAUACUGUUUGUCAGAAAACAAAACGGUAGAAAACACUGGCUCCCAAACUCCUUAUUGGACCUUAGUGUGAGAAAUCAUUCAUCUGAUGGAAAAUGGUUUCCUUCUAGCCAAGGUUGUGAAAUGGCCUCUCGAGGACGGGAGCUGGCUAAUCACUUCCAGACUGAAGGAACUCCAGUCAUGAUCGGGGGAGGAGUUUUGGCCCACACAAUACUAGGAGUGGCAUGGAAUGAGAUUACAGGGCAGAUAAAAUUUCUGAUUUUAGAUCCACAUUAUACAGGCGCUGAAGAUCUACAAGUUAUUUUGGAAAAGGGCUGGUGUGGAUGGAAGGGCCCAGACUUUUGGAACAAAGAUGCUUAUUAUAAUUUAUGUCUUCCUCAGCGACCAAAUAUUUUUUAAAAUAUCUUGGACUCGAAGACUGUAGUAAAGUUGUAUUAUAAAUUUGUUAAUAAAGACUAAGUUUAACUUC